CUUCUAACGGUAUGGCUAUAAAAAGAAGCUGCAGAUGGGUCAGUUGUCAGAGCACCGAAGCGAAAGCGGUAAAGUAGCCAACUGCAGUUAGUUAUCCUUUUGCGCCGCCCGAAAUAUUCGAUGAAUCUGUCAACCCUUUUCCUUCUGGCCCUCGUGGCAUCCGCCGCUAUCUGCGAGGGAUCUGCCCAUAGAAUUAGUAGGCCAAAGCCGGAAUCUCCAAAGAAGCCGUGUCAGGCCACCACCACCAGGCCUCCAUGCAGGCGCACGACCACCCCUCCAUGUGCAAACGAAGUAACUACUACGACAUCGACAACGGAGGCACCAAAGACAACAACAACUUGUGCCCCAGCUACAACGACAACAAAGUGCGCCCCAACUACCACAACAACUGAGGCGACAACGACAACGACAACCGAGGCCCCUACGACGACAACAACUGAGGCCCCAACUACGACAACAACUGAGGCGACAACGACAACAACAAAGUGCGCCCCAACUACCACAACAACUGAGGCGACAACGACAACAACUGAGGCACCAACUACGACAACAACUGAGGCGACAACGACAACAACAAAGUGCGCCCCAACUACCACAACAACUGAGGCGACUACGACAACAACUGAGGCCCCAACUACGACAACAACUGAGGCAACAACGACGACAACAACCGAGGCCCCCACUACCACAACCACUGAAGCUACAACGACAACAAAGUGCGCCCCAAUUACCACAACAACUGAGGCGACAACGACAACCGAGGCCCCUACGACGACAACAACUGAGGCGACAACGACAACAACAAAGUGCGCCCCAACUACCACAACAACUGAGGCGACAACGACAACAACUGAGGCCCCAACUACGACAACAACUGAGGCAAUAACGACGACAACAACCGAGGCCCCCACUACCACAACCACUGAAGCUACAACGACAACAAAGUGCGCCCCAAUUACCACAACAACUGAGGCGACAACGACAACCGAGGCCCCUACGACGACAACAACUGAGGCCCCAACUACGACAACAACUGAGGCGACAACGACAACAACAAAGUGCGCCCCAACUACCACGACAACUGAGGCCCCAACUACGACAACAACUGAGGCAACAACGACGACAACACCCGAGGCCACUACCACAACCACUGAAGCUACAACGACAACCGAGGCCCCUACGACGACAACAACUGAGGCCCCAACUACGACAACAACUGAGGCGACGACGACAACCGAGGCCCCUACGACGACAACAACUGAGGCCCCAACUACCACAACGACAGAGGCUCCAACGACCACAAGCUCCCCACAACAGCCGCCCUGUAAACCCAACCAACCUUCGACCCCGGCUCCUUCAACUCCAGCGCCACCCCCCUGUAAGCCGGAGGUGACUCCAGCCCCAACUCCAGCACCAACUCCAGCCCCGACUCCGGCGCCAACUCCAGCGCCACCUUCUCCCUGUGAGCCAGAGGUGACUCCAGCCCCAACUCCAGCUCCAACUCCAGCCCCAACUCCAGCACCACCUUCUCCAUGUGAGCCCGAGGUGACUCCAGCUCCAACUCCAGCUCCAACUCCAGCCCCGACUCCAGCCCCGACUCCAGCCCCGACUCCAGCCCCAACUCCAGCCCCAACUCCAGCCCCGACUCCAGCACCAACUCCAGCACCAACUCCAGCCCCAACUCCAGCCCCGACUCCGGCGCCAACUCCAGCCCCGACUCCAGCACCAACUCCGGCACCAACUCCAGCCCCAACUCCAGCCCCGACUCCGGCGCCAACUCCAGCCCCGACUCCAGCACCAACUCCAGCCCCGACUCCAGCUCCAACCCCAGCCCCAACUCCAGCGCCACCUUCUCCCUGUGAGCCAGAGGUGACUCCAGCCCCAACUCCAGCUCCAACUCCAGCCCCAACUCCAGCGCCACCUUCUCCAUGUGAGCCCGAGGUGACUCCAGCUCCAACUCCAGCCCCGACUCCAGCCCCGACUCCAGCCCCAACUCCAGCCCCGACUCCAGCACCAACCCCAGCCCCAACUCCAGCCCCGACUCCGGCGCCAACUCCAGCGCCACCUUCUCCAUGUGAGCCUGAGGUGACUCCAGCUCCAACUCCGGCUCCUACCCCAGCUCCAACAACAACGACCACCAAACGACAGCCCCCCUGUAAGCCAACUACUCCAAAGCCAAAACCUCCUUGCAAUCCCACCACAACUUCUACACCACCUUGCGAAAAAACAACCACACCGGCCUGCGACACUAAGCGUGAUGACAGUGCUCCCGCUAAGUUGAUUCCAAAGCCAAUUAAGGAUCUCUUCGCUAAUUUGGACAGCUCCACCAAGGUUACCCUCCCGCUCGGAUCCAGCGCCAUGUGCGUUGGACGUGCUGACAACACUAUAAUCCAAGACCCGAAUCAUUGCAGGAGGUAUUAUGAGUGCCGCGGUGGACGUCGCCUUUUGCGCAAGUGCCGCGCCGGACUGUGGUAUGAUUCGGAGGCUGGAGAAUGCCUUCCCCGCAGCCAGGUGCUGAACUGCCCUGCUCAACGUAACUAAGCCUCUUUGGCUACGUCGAAUCAACUGGAAUGAGGCCAGAGCUUGUAUUGCAACUUGUAUCCGUAACCAACAGUAACCACCACCUACUUAAUAAACAGCAUAAUAAUCUUAAA